AUGGAUGCGAAAGGGAGCGGCGGCGAAUCGGGAAUAUCGUCUGAGAUCCUUGAGGACUCGAAAUCAAAGGGUUUGGCGGCGGCCCAUGGGAGCAUAAGCAGCAAGGACAUGAUUUUCCGGGCGGAUAAGAUCGACCUCAAGAACCUCGAUUUGCAGCUCGAGAAACACCUCAGCCGGGUCUGGUCGAGAAACACAGACAACAACGAGAGCAAGAACAAGCCGAAAGAGAUAUGGGAAAUCGACCCCUCCAAGCUCGAAAUCCGGUACCUUGUGGCUCAGGGGACUUAUGGGACGGUGUAUAGGGGAACCUAUAAUUCUCAGGAUGUUGCUGUGAAACUAUUGGAUUGGGGAGAAGAUGGCAUGUCCACAGCUGCCGAGACUGCCGCACUUCGAGCCUCAUUUAAGCAGGAAGUUGCUGUCUGGCACAAGCUCGACCACCCGAAUGUCACUCGAUUUAUUGGUGCUUCGAUGGGGACUUCGCAAUUUAAAAUCCCUUCAAAAAACCCGUCCGAGGGUUUUACAACACUACCCUCGAGGGCGUGUUGUGUCGUUGUGGAAUUUGUUACUGGUGGGACCCUCAAGAACUAUUUGUACAAGAACAGGAAGAAGAAGCUCCCUUUGAAAGUUGUGGUCCAACUUGCUCGGGAUUUAUCCAGAGGACUGAGCUAUCUCCAUUCAAAAAAGAUUGUGCAUCGUGAUGUGAAAGCUGAGAAUAUGUUGUUGGAUAAUAAUAAAACAUUGAAAAUCGCUGAUUUUGGUGUUGCUCGUGUUGAAGCUCAGAAUCCUAGAGACAUGACGGGUGAAACGGGAACCCUUGGCUAUAUGGCACCCGAGGUACUGGACGGAAAACCAUAUAACAGAAAAUGUGAUGUGUACAGUUUUGGAAUAUGCUUAUGGGAAAUAUACUGUUGUGAUCUUCCAUACACAGACCUUAGCUUUGCAGAAAUCUCCUCUGCUGUUGUUAGACAGAAUCUGCGGCCUGAAAUACCUCGGUGUUGCCCGAGUUCUCUGGGGAACGUGAUGAAAAAGUGCUGGGAUGGAAACCCUGAGAAAAGGCCAGACAUGGAUGAGGUUGUGAGAUGGUUGGAAGCUAUAGACACAAGCAAAGGAGGAGGCAUGAUACCUGAGGACCAGGCUGCCGGCUGUUUUUGCUUUGCUCCAACUCGCGGUCCUUGA